UUUUGUACAUUUUGUGCUCGUAUUAUACAACACACGGCCGUGUCUCUUCAAGUUUGUUAAAUUUUUAAUCGGAAAACUUGCCGCUUUUAAAUAAGUAAUGCAUCAACCUUUGAUUCGACAAGCAUUUUGUAAAGGCCUUGUGUUCAGUCACACCGCAAACAUUGUAAGAAGAACAUUCUCGACAUCAAAAAUGGUUCAAAUUCAGGAAGGCGAUAAUAUCCCCAGUUUCGAUUUGUUCGAAGAUUCACCGGGCAAUAAAGUCAACAUUGCCGAACUAUGCGCCGGAAAGAAGGUCGUAGUUUUCGCCGUACCCGGAGCAUUUACACCCGGAUGUUCAAAGACUCAUCUACCCGGCUAUGUGGAACAAUCGGAAGCAUUGCGAGCAAAAGGGGUAGCUGACGUAAUUUGCAUUUCCGUCAACGAUCCGUUUGUCAUGUCUGCAUGGGGCAAAGAGCACAAAGCCGCUGGCAAGGUUCGAAUGUUGGCCGAUCCGGCAGCCGGUUUCAGUAAAUUGAUUGACAUGACCGUCGAAUUGAAUCCACUUGGUGGCAUUCGAUCGAAGCGAUACUCAAUGGUCGUUGAAAACGGCGUUGUCAAGCAAUUGAAUGUGGAGCCCGAUGGCACUGGUCUGUCGUGUUCUUUGGCUAAUAAACUCAACGUUUAGAUGGGUGAUGCAGAGGCAGAACCGAGUUGCAUGGCGAUUCGGCGAUUGAAUUUACAAAAUUCCUUGAUGUGCAUUAUACAAACCCACGAAAAUUCGUUCUCGAUUUAAUGGUCGAAAUAACUAAACAAAACAAAAAUCGAAUUGAAUAAAAGACACCCAACUGUCGCGCACUAUCAUUUAGAUUUAAAAAAAAACCCUCUGAAAUAUUCUUAUACGUUUCGUGGCAUCAUAGAUUAUAGAUUUUGGUAAACAGCAACGAAAGAAAAAU